AUGGCGUGUCUCAGCUAUCUUCAGGAAGGUUGGAUGCAGUGUUUCGGAAAGCCCCAGGUUCUUAGGCUUGAUCCCGCUGGGUCCUUCCGAAGCCAACAUGUGGAAAGCUUUUGUGAUAGGCACAAGAUUUUCCUGGAGAUUAUCCCCGGUGAAGCCCAUUGGAAACUGGGGAUCUGUGAACAGGCUGUUCAGGGAUUGAAGGAAGUUAUGACGAAGACGUGUUUGGGGGAAGAGGGCAUUAACCCCGAAGAAGCACUUGCCACGGCAGUCAUGACGUUCAAUCAUCGGGAUAUUGUCCGAGGUUUCUCUCCUGUGCAGCAUGCGCUAGGCCACAACCCUGACCAAGUAGGUCCUGUGAUGGAAGUGAUUAACCAGGCCCCCGUGUCCAUGCUGUGGGAAGACCCCCAAGGAGAGGUGGAACGUGCCUCAAGAUUAAGAGCGGCUGCAGAGGGCGCGCAUGCAUCUUGGAUCGCACGCCAGAGAAUUGUCCGGGCUCAAAACUCCAAGGGCCAACCUGUUCUCGAUUUCCAACCGGGUGAGUUAGUGUAUCUAUGGAGAGCACAGACUGGCCAACAGGGUCGCCGACAACCGGGCGACAAACAUGGCCAGUUCAUAGGUCCAGCGAGGAUCCUGGCCACUGAAAAGAAGAAGGAUGAAUCCGGACACCUGGUGCCCGGAAGUUCGGUGUGGCUCGUCCGAGGGAGGAGCUUGAUAAAGUGCUGUCCGGAACAAUUGCGGAGAGCCUCUGAGAGGGAGGAGCUCCUGGAGAUGCUCGCUAAGCCAGAGGACCGAACGCCCUGGUCAUUCCAGAGAGUAGCGGCGGAGAUCGGCGGCAAUCAGGUCAAAGACUACUCACAGCAACGCCCCACGCCACCAGAGUGGCAUGGUGCACAAGAUGUGGAAGAGACAGCGCCGCCUACGCGAGUCCGCUUUCGAGGCAAGAGGGCCCAACCGGAAGCCAUGGCAGAGCCUAUGGAGGAGGACGAGGAGCAUCGCUCACCAGCUUCAGCAAGCUCAAGCCGAGCUCGGCUGGAAAGUGCACAGGGCUGUGGUUGGCAAGCAGCGGAAGCCUGGUGGGCAUCCGUGCCGGACCAGGAGUGGGAGCCAAAGCCUGCGGACGCAGCAGUUUCCGUGGAGAUUGAGCUUCCCACCAACGUGAGAGGACUACAGAAGACACUACAUCAGCUGCCCUCCUACUUUGUGGGAGCCAUGAAGCGAAGGGCAAUUGAGGUCUGUGAGCGAAAACUGUCGCCGUCCCAGAAGGAGGAGUUCCGAGCGGCAAAGAACAUCGAGGUCCGCAAUUUUAUAGCAUCGAAGGCCUUCCAGGUGCUCCCGGAGGAGUUGAAGCCAAGCCGGGAGCAAGCCAUCAAUAUGAGGUGGAUACUAACUUGGAAGUCCACCGAUUCAGGUGGCCAGAAGGCUAAAGCAAGAGCUGUGCUAUUAGGGUACCAAGACCCUAAAUACGAACACCGAUCGACCACAGCCCCCGUGAUGACGCGUCAGACGCGUCAAAUGCAGUUGCAAUUGUCCACCAACCGCGGCUGGACGGUGCAAAAAGGAGACGUGUCUGGAGCGUUUUUACAAGGCCGAGAAUACCCGGACCAGUUGUUUUGCAUUCCGUGCAAAGAAAUCUGCGAAGCCAUGGGGUUACCAGAGGGAACUAUUACACGCCUUCGGCGUGCCUGCUAUGGACUUGUAGACGCACCACUGGAGUGGUACAGAACCGUGGACGAGUACUUAGGCGAGUUGGGACUCGAGCGGACACAUGCCGACGCAUGCGCAUGGGUCUGGCGUCCCAAUGGAGAGCUACGGGGCAUGAUAUCAGGUCACGUCGACGACUUCUUGUUUAGCGGAGGAGCUGAGGACGCUGACUGGCAAGCCUUGUUGGAAAAGAUCCGCCAACGGUUCAAGUGGGGAGACUGGGAGCAAGACAAGUUUGUGCAGUGUGGCGUGCAUGUUGAGAGGACAACAGAGGGUUUCUUACUGAGUCAGCCGACGUACCUGGAAGGGGUUAAGGAGAUUCCACUUUCUUCCAGUCGCCGAAAGAUGAAGGAUGCUGCUACCGGGGAGCGAGAAAAGACGCAGUUGAGAGCCCUUCUAGAGGGUCUCUCAUGGCACGCCCAACAAGUAGCACCACACUUGUCUGCUGAGGUACGCCUCCUGCUCUCAGAAAUCUCCGAGAGCAAUGUCAACACGAUCAUCAAAGCUAAUCUCCUGGCCCAUCACGCAAAAGCCCGCCAGGACCAUCAGAUGUUGAUACACCGCUUCUCAGCUGAGGAACCAUUGGCAUUGUUUGGCUGGGUGGAUGCGGCGAGCCAGAAUCGCCGCGAAGGUGGAUCGACGCAAGGGAUUUUUAUAGGCAUGGGCCCUGCGAACAUGUUGCAGGGCGAGAUGGGACGAGUGACACCCAUUGCAUGGCAUUCCAAUAAGAUAGACAGGGCUUGUAGGUCACCAGGUGCGGCAGAGGCGCAAGCUGCUGUUAACGGGGAAGAUGCACUGUAUUUUGCCCGUUACCAAUGGAGUGAGUUGUGCUUUGGGAAUGUGAAUCUGCGUCAUCCCGAUGAGACGGUCGCUAAGGUGCUUGUCAUAAAAGGGGCGGAAAAGCGCACCAACAUUGAGCUGCUGGCCAUCAAGGAGGCUCAAAGGAACCACGGGGUGCUCAUCCGCUGGGUACAUUCAGAAGCACAACUUGCCAACGCGCUCACGAAGCAUGGCAGUAAAGAGCUGGAAUUGUACUACCGUCUGCGCCACGCAUGGCGCAUUGUGGAGGACCCCGACAUGAUGUCUGCUCGGAGGAGGAAGNNUGCAGGUGAAAUCACCUGGCUGCGCCGUCACUAG